AUGGAGGUCCAAAUUAUUUCCAAAGAGUACAUCAAACCCUCUUCACCAACACCCCCUAACCUGAAAACCCACAGGCUCUCUCUCUUGGACCAAUUCGCUUCUUUCGGCUAUGUUCCUGUGGUCUUCUUCUAUCCCAUGAACCAAAGCAUAAGCCAUGCUGUUGCUGAUAUUGUCUCUCAAAUAUCACACUCGCUAAAGCAAUCCCUAUCAGAAACCCUAACUCGCUUUUACCCAUUUGCUGGCAAAAUCAAAGAUCGUCUCUCCGUCGAUUGUAAUGACGAGGGGGUUUUUUAUUUGGAAGCCUGUGUGAAUUGUCAUCUUGUUGAGUGCCUCAGCCAGCCUAAUAUCCCAUCACUCCAAAAAUUUCUUCCCCGGGAGUCAUGGAAAGAUCCAACUGAGGGAGAUCAUGUUACUAUGAUACAAGUAACCAGGUUUGCAUGCGGCGGUAUUGCCAUUGGUGUCCUUGUUUCCCACAUGAUCGCUGAUGGAAUUUCCUUGAGUAUCUUUCUCAAAGGUUGGGCAGCAACUGCUCGUAAGGCAUGUGAAGUUGUAUGUCCUAAUUUUGACGCCCCGUCAAUUUUCAUUCAAAACGAUGCAUAUUCUAGAGAAGCCGUUGUGAUGGCUUUUUCCAAGCCCUUCAAAUUGGGCAGGUGUAUAGUAAGGAGAAUUGUGUUUGACGCCUCAGCCAUUGCAUCACUCAAAGCCAAAGCAAGCAGCUCAAGCGUGCAAAACCCAACAAGAGUCGAGGCUGUGUCCGCACUCCUAUGGAAAUGCAUCAUGACUGCUUUCAAGGCCACUUCUGGUAUCCAAAGGCCUACCUAUAUUACCCAUGCAGUGAAUUUGCGACCAAGAGCAGAUCCACAAUUCACAGAAUCUUCCAUGGGAAAUAUACUUUGGUCAACAUGCGCAUUAUGCACGGCUGAGGAGAUAGAUUUACCCUGCAUGGUGAGCAAGCUUAGAGAAGCAAGAGUGAAAAUCAAUAUUGCUGAUUUUGUAAAAAACAUACAAGGCGAUGGAGGGUUUUCCAAACUCUGGGAGCUUGUGAAAGCAAGGACUGGAGCAGUCUCGAGUAUGGCAUUUUCUUGUGGAGUGGAUUACAUUGGGUUUACCAGUUGGUGUAACAUUGGUGUCUAUGACAUUGAUUUUGGGUGGGGAAAGCCGAUGUGGGUAAGCCAAGUUGGUACAAUCGAAGAUUCGGAAACCAUGUUUCGAAAUAGGAUAUAUCUAAUGGAUACAAGAUCCGGCGAUGGAAUAGAAGCAUGGGUUUUGUUAGACGCAAAAGAUAUGAUUAUGUUAGCACAAGACAAUGAACUUCUUGCUUUCGCUUCUUUGGAUCGGAGUCCCACAGAAUAG